AGUUUGGUGUGUUGAACGGUCGCGUGUCCAGUAUGAGCGCAUCAGCUGGGGACAGAGAGCCUGCUGGGACCCCUCUGGAUAAUGCAAAGGAGGAAAUCAUUGGCCCUACCUGUUCAGGAGAGAACAGCAAACAUGACUCCGCAGUGUGCACAGGAAACAGUGAAAUAAAGAGCCGGGCCGUGGUGAAGUACUCUGCUGCCCCACCUCCCACCAGUUAUGCUCUGCUGCAGGAACAGACAGACCUGAAGCUGCCUCCUGCCAACUGGCUGAGAGAAAACCCCCAGCUGGGCAGCGCUGGCACCACUAUAUUAGGGUCCAGCAGCAAGAGCAAGCCUUUCUCCAGUUUUGGGAUGGCGUAUGAAUUCAUUGAUUGCAUCGGGGAUGAUGUCGACGUGGUGUCAGACUCAGAGAACAUCAAGAAGCUUCUGAAAAUUCCCUACAGCAAGUCGCACGUCAGUAUGGCCGUUCACCGCGUGGGGAGGACGCUGCUUUUGGAUGAGCUGGACAUUCAAGAGCUCUUCAUGAGAUCCUCUCAGACAGGAGAUUGGACAUGGCUAAAAGAUUUCUACCAGCGGCUAAUAGAUCAGAAGUGGCAGAGGAAAAAGAAGAGUAAAGAGCACUGGUAUCAGAGAGCAAUCCUGUCAAAGUUCCUCUACUAUAGUAUAAACGGUAAUGGGGCUGCAGAGCCUGUUCCAGACAACCCGGAUGAAGGAGAGGAGGAAAAUGAGACAGAUGAGUUCAGUUCUUCGUGGCUCACCAGCACAGCAUCUGAUACAGAAGAAUCAGACACUCCCAAACAGGAAAGUGUGUCAGUGGACAGCAAGUUUGCUCUGGGUCAGGUGACGUCUGUACCCAAAGAGCAAAACCUGCCUAUGCUCUUCAACGAAGGAGAGAACAGUCAGGGUUUAAGAAACGACUUUGUGCGAAACAUCAUGUGGACAUUUGAGGAUAUCCACAUGCUGGUCGGGUCCAACAUGCCUAUUUUCGGAGGUGGUCGCUAUCCUGCCGUCAGUCUGAGACUCAGGGACAACAAUAAGCCAAUCAACAUUCUGACAGGUAUCGACUACUGGCUCGACAAUCUGAUGUGUAACGUCCCAGAGCUUGUCAUGUGCUUUCAUGUCAAUGGCAUUGUUCAGAAAUACGAGAUGAUAAAAACAGAAGACAUCCCUCACCUGGAGAACUCGACUUUUUCAACGAGGGUGGUGAAAGACAUCGCCCAAAAUAUUCUCUCCUUCCUCAAGUCCAACUGCACCAAAGAGGGUCACACAUACUGGCUUUUCAAAGCUAGUGGGAGUGACAUUGUGAAGCUUUAUGAUCUUACUACUCUGUGUGAGGAGGCGGAAGAGGAGAAGUGUCAGAAUCCCUUCACUCUUCCUGUGGCUGUGUUGCUAUACAGAGUUGCCAGUAACUUGAUGCUGAAGGCGAGGCAAAACAGAAAGCACUAUGGCACAAUCAGAACUCUGCUUUUAAACUGCGUCAAACUUCUGGAUGAGGACAGGCACCCCCAGAUCAUCGCCUCCGCCCACUACAUGCUGUCAGAGCUGUUCCAGCUCGACGAGCCUCUGGAAGAAGACGAAGGGGAGUCGCUCCGGGCCGGCGGCUCAGAGGACAGCUACAGUGACGAAGACAGGGAGGAAGAGGAGGAGGAGGAGGAGGAGCUGAGCGAGGACAGCGACGACAAUGGCUCCUACAGCUCUUGCUCAAGCCCACAGGAUGAUAGUAAAGCCGUGGCCGUGAUCCGCUCCGUUGGGGAGCUGUCGGUCCCGGAGAAAUACAAAUCCACUCAUCAGAUCAGACCAAGUGGUGCUUUCCCUGUUUCUCAAGACAAGGAGGAGAGAUGCAGACAUGUCCUGAGCUAUGUGCUAAAGGGGAUGAAGGCAGUGGAUGGCACCAUCAAGAAGGAGAGUGACCUCCCAGCUGCAGACCCUAACACUCCCAUUCCUCUUAAAUAUGAGGAUAGAAGUGCAGUUGGAUCCUGCGCUGCUGAGCAAGGCAUCUCUCUUCUUCUUGAAAGAGCGAGGCCACUGCAGGCGGACCAAAAGCAUCCAACACGCUCUGGGAUGAUCCCCUGGUCAUGGCAGCACCGCAUGAAGCUGCAGCUCUUCCUCAAAGCCUCCAAGGCGUAUUACGUCCUGUCUGAUGCAGCCACGAACUUGCUGAAGUACGGACGAGCCCUGCGCUACAUCAAGCUGUCUCUGCAGUGUUAUGAUGCCUAUUGUUCAGUGAGCGGUACACUGCACCCGCAGGUGCUGCAGUUUCACAGCCAGUGCCUGUCUCUGUGUGGGGACAUCCAGCUGAUGUUGGCCCAGAAUGCCAAAAACAGAGCAGCUUACCUGGAGGAAUACAGCUACCAGACCAAAGAAGACCAGGAGAUCCUGCACAGCCUGCACAGAGAGAGCAGCUGUCAGGCCUUCAACAUGGCGACAGACCUGGCCAUGGACCCAGAGUACCAGCUGUUUGUUAGCAGUAAGUGCUACGAGGCAGCGUAUGAACUGCUCCUCUCAGAGGCUUGUAAAGAUCAUGCCUCGGAUCAGCUCGCACAGGUGCUCAAAAGGCUGGGAAACAUCCGCAACGAGAUGGGAGUGUACUAUAUGAACCAGGCUGCAGCAAUGCAGACAGAGAAAGAAGCCAAGAAGUCUGUGUCGGUAGCAGAGCAGGAGAUGUGGAAAAAGAGCUUUGCCUUCUUUGAGAAAGGCAUGAAGGAUUUCGAAGCCAUUGGGGACAGCACCAACACAGCCCUGCUGCUGUGUAACACUGGCAGGCUGAUGAGAAUUUGUGCUCAGGCCCACUGUGCCGUGUCUGCCGACCAGAACAGGGGGGAGUUCUCACCUGAAGAGGCUCUGUACUACAACAAGGCCAUAGACUAUUACUUGCGGGCUAUGAAGUCACUGGCAAGUCGAGAGAACCACCCAGCAGUGUGGGACAGUGUGAACUGGGAGCUGUCCACUACCUAUUUCACCCUGGCUACACUUCUGCAGGACUACGCACCGCUGUCCAGGAAGGCCCAGGAGCAGAUUGAGCGGGAGGUGACUGAGGCAAUGAUGAAGUCCCUAAAAUACUGCGACCUGCACACUGAGUCGGCUCGUCAGCCGCUCUACCAGUACAGAGCUGCCACCAUCCACCACCGCCUGGCCUCCAUGUACCACAGCUGUUUCCGCAACCAGGUGGGGGAUGAACACUUGAGGAAGCAGCAUCGCAGCCUGGCAGAGCUUCACUAUAGCAAGGCUGUCUGUUUAUUCCUCAGCCUCAAAGACGCACCCUGUGAGCUGCUCCGCACGCUCCUGGAGAGGGUGGCCUUUGCUGAGUUCACCAUGGCAGGUCAGAGCAGCAGUGCGGCAAAGCUGAAGAGCCUCACCGGAGCAGUAGAAAUCAUGACAGAAACUCGCCACGCUUUCCAGCUGAUUCAUAAAGAGCUGCUGGAGGAGCAGAUUCAGUUGAGUCAAUCAGAAGCUGCUGAGUCGGCAGAGUCUCCUGAGGUGGCCCCUGCUCCGGCCUCGGGACUGAACCUUGAGGAAGUGAUGAAGUUAAUUGGCGUGUUUGAGCCCAGUUUCUCCUUCCUGUUGCUGCAGCUGAUCAAACUGAUGACGACAAUGAAACGGAAACCAAGCAAUAAGGAUGAGGAGCUGUUGAAGACCUAUAAGAAUGUUUACUCCAAGCUGCUGCGAGCUGAGAAAAACGCACCUCUGCUUAACCGUGUGGAGCUCCACAUAGAGCUCCUGCAGCAGCUUACUCCCAGAACAGGAAGUGACGACAAGGGUAUGCAUUCAUGA